CUCGUCUUUACUUUGGUUGCGCCCUUUCGGAUUUAUUCUCUCCAAACGGAGAUCAUGCAGUUGAACUCAGAAGCUUAAUGAGACUUUCUUUACAGAUUGAGGUGCAAAAAUCGUUGAAAUGUGGGAGUUACCGAGGAGUCGUAACAGCUCAGAGGGGAGCGAGGAGACUAAAAUUGCUGUAAAUAUCGGUGGUGUCAAACAGUUUCUCUACGGGGACCAGCUGAACCGAUAUCCUGAAACACGUUUGGCGGAGCUGGCGAACAGUUCCAUGGAUUGUGCACAAGAUCUCUCUGCGCUCUGUGAUGACUACGACGCUUCAAAGCGAGAGUUUUACUUUGACAGAGAUCCGGAGGUGUUCAGAUGCAUAAUGGAACUUUAUUACUAUGGAGAGAUUCAUAUGAAACGAGGAAUCUGCCCCAUGUGUUUCAUGAGAGAGAUGGACUUUUGGGGCAUCGAUGCAGACUAUCUGGACGAAUGUUGCCAGGUUAGUCUAAACGAGGUGGAAACUGAACUGGCAGAAAUCACGGAGAAGGUCAAGACCAUCCUGAAUGACCUGGAGGGUGAUGCCACAGCCACAAAAGGCCAGAGGUGCCAAGCGUUCCUGUGGAAGCUCAUGGAGAAACCAGAGUCCUCCUUAGCUGCGUACAUCAUGGCUGUGGUGUCUUUCCUCUUCAUCUUGCUUUCCUCUGUGGUCAUGUGCAUGGGCACCAUCCCGGAGCUGCAGGUGCAGGACCCUGAGGGGCGCCACAUGGAACACCCAACCCUUGAGUCCAUUGAGACUGCUUGCAUCAUCUGGUUCACCGUGGAAUACAUUCUGCGUCUCGUCUCCUCUUCGAACAAGCGGCGCUUUGUGCUUUCCUUCAUGAAUAUAAUAGACUUUAUGGCCAUCAUGCCUUUCUAUGUGGUGUUAAUUCUUACACACUUAGGGACUUCUGUGAUGGAGCUGGCCAACGUGCAGCAAGCAGUGCAGGCGUUACGCAUCAUGCGCACUGCGCGUAUCUUCAAACUGGCGCGCCACUCCUCGGGUCUACAGACUCUCACCUAUGCGCUUAAGAGCAGCUUUAAAGAGCUGGGCCUGCUGCUUAUGUACAUGGUCGUGGGAAUUUUCCUGUUCUCUGCACUGGGGUACACAAUGGAGCAAAGCCACCCGGAAACCAUGUUCACCAGCAUCCCACAGUCCUUUUGGUGGGCUAUCAUUACUAUGACCACUGUAGGUUAUGGAGACAUCUAUCCUAAAACCACACUGGGCAGGUGUAAUGCCGCUGUCAGUUUUCUGUGUGGUGUGAUGGCUAUUGCGUUGCCAAUCCAACCGAUCAUUAACAACUUUGUGAUUUUUUACAGCAAGCAGCGUGUGCUUGAAACCGCUGCCAAACACGAGAUUGAACUCAUGGCAUUACGCGCAAAGGAGGAAGUGUGCAAGUGCCAUGAUGCUGGAGAAAAGGCAUUGCGGAGGACAAGCAGUUCUCUGUGUCACUCUGCUGUGAGUGAGUGACACAUACAGUAUAUUCCAUUAAUUGGUGAUACAACAAAAUCUGUGUUCAAAUGCCAGCCUGUCAUCAAAUACAGGGACAACUAGAGCAUGAUUUGAUCUUGGU